UCCACCUCACAUUGCCAUUUAGCAACAGAUGAGGAGGUUUCAUGCUCAUUUUCAGCAGUGCCCUGCCAUUUCUCUCGCCGUGGGUGCCCACAGGAAUACUUUUAAUGUUGUAAUGUUUGUCAGGAUCGCGGUGCUGCCUUUAUCCGUUGCACCGUAGCUAGCGACCAGCCAAUCUGCUAGCGUCCUUAUCCCACCGUGUGUUUUCGCUGGCAGGUUUUUUAAGAGGAUCACUAUGGAUGUGCUGUGGAUGAUACCGCUGCUGCUGAUCCCACUUCUGAUGUGGACCAGCAGCACGUUUGUUUUUUAUUUCAAAAAGUGUUUCUACGUCGCCUGGAUGAUGUGUUUGGCCAUGUUGGCCAUACCCCUGUGCAUACUGAAAAGCGGAGGCAGAGACAUUGAAAACAUGAGGGUUAUCCGCUUCCUGGUUCGUCAUGUGAAGUAUUUUCUAGGUCUUCGGUUUGAAGUGAGCGGUUGGCAGCAUCUGCAGACAGAGGGACCGUAUGUCAUCAUCUCCAAUCACCAGAGCUCACUGGAUGUUUUGGGCAUGAUGGAGAUCCUACCAGACCGCUGCACCAUGAUCGCCAAGAAGGAGUUGAUCUACGCCGGUACAGUAGGCAUCAUUUGCUGGCUGGGUGGCAUUGUCUUUAUCAACCGCAAGAAGACAAGCGAUGCCAAGAGUGUCAUGGCUGAUGCUGCCAAAACCAUGUUGGAAGACCAGAUUCGCCUCUGGGUGUUUCCAGAAGGCACACGGAACCAGAGAGGUGACCUGCUGCCCUUCAAGAAGGGUGCCUUCCACCUGGCAGUGCAGGCACAAGCACCCAUCAUACCCAUUGUGUUCUCAUCUUACAGCAACUUCUACCUACGAAAAGAAAAGCAGUUCAAAUCGGGAACCAUAAGAUUGAAGAUCCUUCCUAAGAUUGAGACGAAGGGGAUGACAUCAGAGGAUGUGACAUCACUUUCUGAGAAAUCCUUCAAUGUGAUGCGGUCUGCCUUCCUGGACAUCUCUGACUCCGUGACCCAGAGCAACGGGCCCUUGUCUCACUGAACAUUUAACACCCUCCUACCCCUUCUCCUGUGUCCCUGUCUGAGACCCAUCCCCUUGCCCAGCUGCUCCCCACCCCAGCCCCAACCACCAGGUUGCCCCAUUACCUGGCCAGGAAGCGACAUAACACAGAUCAAUGUCAUGAAAUGUUUUGUCUAGUUGACGCCUGGGCCAGUCUGCCUCUGGUCUGAUCCAUACAGCACAGUCAGUCCCGACCCUCACUGUGUCUGCAGCAGCCACAGCAGCAGUGCCGCUCUGCACGCCGUGAGUGGAGUGACGGACAGCAAGCCGAACAGUACGGAUGUGUGUACAUCAUGCAUGCCUUUUUGGAUGGCUCUGUCCACCUUCAUCCUUGGUUUGCUCUCUGGCUUUGAAAGCCUGGCUUUGUUAUCGUCUCACAUUAUUGGUCAUGCUAUACUUUUUUGCCUUUUCCGCUCUUUUCUCCUUGUGUCUUCUGUUUAGCAGAUAAACCUUAUCAUUUUCUCAUUUUUUUCUGGUCAUAAAUGUCAGUGGAUAUUUAUGUCUUCCUCUCAUGCUGCCUUAGUCUUAGUCAUCUUCAGUCGCUCAUACACACAAAUGCACACAUGCACACAACAUUCAAAUUACUCCCAUGUCCUUCCUACCUUCCUUCCCUUUUAGUGUGUUUUCUCCCGUUCUGCAUUCCAGUCUCUUGCCAAUUUUCCUAAAGACAAGAGCAGUGGGUCUCAAGGACAAGCGGAGUGUGUGGAGGUGAGAGGUCAGCACUGGUUGACCAGGGACUUCUAUAGAUCUGUCUCCAUGAAAUCAACCCUAUAUCCAUAUUGGCUUUUCAACUCACUGACCAAUAGCUCAAUGACACACUUUAUGACGCCAAACAGCAAGGGAUAAAAGGUUACAAGAAACAAUGUGUAACAAUAGCACCCAUAAUUACUUAAUUAAUGGACUUCAGUGGACUGAUCAAUUUUCAAUGUUGUGCAUUGUUGGUGUAUCACCGUGCGUUCUUUUGGUUUGUCUUACUUUCCAAUAGAUGAGAAAUAACCUGCAUGGAACAUUGAGCAAGUGUCUUCUCGCUGUAUUCUAUAUUUUGCUCUGUAUUUAUUUCUACAUCCAAUGAUCUUGUUUUGUUAUUUAAAAAAAAAAAAUGUGAUCACACUUUUUGCUCCUCAGAAGGAACUCCAUAAGUGAAUCCAUUUUAGAUGUGUCAAAGGUGAUUUCAUAAAGUGCAAUGUCCACCUGUGAUAGCAUUACUGCUCUAAAGUGCAAGCUACCUGUUGUGCCAUGUCAAAGUGUUUUAAAGGAAAUUCACAUAUAAGCCCAUUAUUGUUUGAGUAAGAUUUACUUAACCAGUAGGUACUGAUUUUAAAGUUUCCUUAAAGGAAUAAUCCAACAUUUUGGGCAAAAUACCCUUUUUCCAACGUACUCAGACUGAAACAAGAUGUUCAAUACUAUUUUCACCUCUCUAUGUCCACUGUUUUGGUUCCUUUAGGUAGUAUUUUGUAUUAGCUUAGCAUGAAUAACUGAAGUCUAUAGCCUAUUAGCCUAGCUCUGUCGAAGUGAAAAAAUAAACCUUACAGUCACUCCAAAGCUGUCCUAUUUACACAAUGGAUCUUGAAUUUGAAAUUGAUUUAUUCACUUUGACGGAGCAAGGCUAAUGACUCCCAUAGAUGUUAAGUUCUUUAUGCAAAGCUAAGACAAAAUGCUAUCCAAACCACUGGACGUACAGAGCUCAGUCGGGGUAAGUCGGAAAAAGGGUAUUUUAUCCAGAACGUUUGAGUAUUCCUUUCCCAAAUAACAGAACAUAAUCCAGGCUGUUGGGAAAAGGCUUAUAACAAGAGCUGUGGAGUGGGUUAGAUCUCCGUCAUUGUUUGACUUGUGGGUUUUUUUAUGUUAUUGACUUGAAUAUUCACUAUUUUACUAAUCAGCCUAGCUCACUUCAGACUUCUCAAAAGAGUUUUAACUGCUCAAUGUAUUUUGUUAUUUGGAAAUGAGGAAUGCCAUCCCUGCUGACUGGGAAGAAGACAAAUAACAUGCUUUUUUUUUUUUUUUUUUUUUUUUAAAUCAAUUGUAAUAGUGAAAUGAAAUUGAUGGUGACAUAUCUGUGGUUUUGUCAUGGCAUGUGAAGAAACUCUGAUCCAGCUGUCAACCUCAUUGGGAAAUAAUUUACUUAGUCUGGGAAUUUUUAGGCUUCGUUUUUUGAGUUGGUCGUCAUUGCGCUUUGAAAUGCCAGGCUGUCACACGUCUGAUAGGAUUUAUAUUUUCUAUGAUAUGUACCAACAGUGACAUCACCCAUGAUAAGACUGACCGUUUCUCAAUGGUAAUGCAGCUCCUCCUUUUAAUUUACAUCCACGUCUUGAAAUUUCAGAUUUGCUCACCGCCUUCACACUCAAGUUUGCAAGAUGGGAGACUAGCUUGCCGCUUUCGCCCGUAAAACACUAUCUGAGAAUGUACGUCAUCAUUCAAGAUAUUUGUGCGCUAGUAACUGCCUAUGUUUUAUUUUGAAGUUAUUGUAUUAAAGUGGGAUGUUGUCUUGCACACAGUUGGCAUAAAGUCUAGGAAACGUAUUUAUUUCAGCAUUGAGUUAAGAGUUCAGUUGUAUCCCUAGAUUGACUCGUGCACACACAGACCUUCUGAGGAGAUCGUCUUAUACAAAGUAAUGGAUUCAACAGUACUCUGAUACUAACACUGUAUACUGCUCUUCAUAGUGGAGUGGCAACAGUUUUUGAAAUGGUACCUGCUGGGCUCUUGGCUUCAAGAAGUACAUUUAAUUGUCAGGGUUUUCACUGAUGUUCAAGGCCAGUGUGGAGAAUACGCCCCAGCUAAUAGUAAUUCAUCACACUCUUAAUAUGUUGUUUUUUCCUCCUUCAUUUGAGUAUAUUUAUUGGCCUAUUUUCCUUUUUAACUUUUUAAGUGCAGGUUUUUAUCUUUGCAUUCAGGUUGUUUGGAUGUUCAUUAAUACUUGCUACCAAAUUGGUUUCCUCCAGAAGAUUAGCUGUCAUUAAUUUUGAUAAUCUAUUGUUGUAUCCAUUUUUUUUCUCUCCUCAUUAAUUUCUUGGUCAUUUUGUAAUACAAAUAUCUGAUUUGUAAAGGUUUUUAUCAUGAGCUUGAAAUGAAGGUGGCUAAGAGGCACUGCAACAAUCCUGCUGGUUGAUUUGGCCGUUGUUUACUAAAUUCUAUUUAAGAUAUUGGAAAAAAAGAUUCAAAGUAUUCUAAACCUUAAUAAAGCACUUUUCAUGUUGAGUUCAAGUGGUGUAUUUGGGGGGG